CAGCUGGAUCCUGAGAAUCAGCUUAUUUUCAAAGGUCUGGACAAAUGAAGGAAACGAUGCAAAAUGGCCAACACUUUCACCAUUUACUGGUCUUUACGGUGCUUUUCCUCUCAGCUCUAUCAUCUGUGGAAGCGACUACGUAUGAUAUGGAGUUAAAGCUGACACGAGAUCUUUUGAGUAGAACGUCUACUCGUAUCAGACCAGUGGAAAACACUUCUCGGCCUGUUAACGUGACCAUGGACAUGACUCUUAGCAAUGUUAUCGACAUCGAUGAGGUCUAUCAGAUAAUUACGGUCAACAUGUGGCUCUCCCAGGAAUGGAUAAACGAGAGAAUGCAGUGGGACCCCAAACUUUUCGGAGGAAUAAAAGAUGUUACCCUGCAUACAAGCGAUAUAUGGCAGCCAGACAUAGUGCUCUAUAACAAUGUUUUUGAGGAGUUUGACGGGCGACUUGACCACGUGUCGACCCUCGUUCGCGUGUAUUAUAAUGGCAGUACCCACUGGAAUGCACCGUUUAUCUUCAAGACCCUGUGUAAGAUCCAGGUGAAGAACUUCCCGUUCGACCUGCAGGAGUGCACGUUGAAGUUCGGCUCGUGGCAGUACGACAGCUCGGAGAUUGAUCUACAUUACGUGAAGACGGAGGGCAAGCUGGAUAACACGCGCGUGAGGAACGGCGAAUGGGACGUGAUCCGCGUGAAGAUCACGCGUAACGCGUUGUCCUACCCUUGCUGCCCAGACGUGGUGUACCCUGACAUCACGUUUAUCGUGCAGUUAAGGCGCCGCUCGCUCUUCUAUAUCUUCAACCUGAUCAUCCCUAACUUCCUGAUCGCCCUGCUUGCCUUCUUUUCAUUCUACAUCCCUAUCGAGUGCGGGGAGAGAAUCUCGUUUGUCAUCACGGUCUUGUUGAGUAUGACCGUCUUCUUAUUGUUGGUCGCGGAGAGCAUCCCGCCGACCUCAGAGGCCUUGCCCGCCAUCGCACUGUACUACACAUCGUCCAUGAUCCUGGUGGCGCUUGCUCUUGUUGCUACUGGCAUCACCUUGAAGGUCAACUACAGCUAUAAGCCCUCCGUGGGUGGGGCACUGCAUCCGAGGGUAAAACGAUUCAUUUUCAACGUAAUCGGGCCUUGCCUUGGAUUUGACUGCAGGACAUUUAGAGAACACCAAUGUUUCUCUCGAGACAGUGAUAAACCCGAAGCAUUCUGCUGCAAGAGGCUAUUACAAAAAGCUUCAAAUCGUUCCGUAAAUAACGACGUGUCCGUUCAAUGCAGUAAGGGGAGCUCAACAGAACAGGAAAUCCCAUUAACCCCCACCUUGGGAAACUAUGAAGAAUCAGCGGCGUUUAACUUAAAGGGCUUAGAAGUGGAGCCGAGAAAAUACCCCGGAGAGGGUGUGUAUGCAGACAUCCGUACCAUCGCAGCAGCCGUAGAGGCUCGGAAGGAUGAAGACGAGCGCAUGGCAGAGGGUCGCCUCGCGGCAGCCAUCGUAGACAGAGCUUUCAUGUACUUGUUUACUGUUGUAUUCUUCAUAUCAACUAUUGUUAUACUUGUUACGCCUUAUGCCAGUAAUGAUGAAGAAACGCCUUUAGCAUAGAGGAAAAAGCCUCGUAUAAUGCCCUAAGUAGCCUGCUUGUAGGCGUUGCAAUACGCAGAACUUGUGAGCGUAGCAGCCAUCUUAGACACAUCAAUCAAUCGAUCGAACGAGAAAUUCGAAAGAAAUCAAGGCUUUGAGGAAGGGUAUACGUUGAUGCACAAUGACUCUUGGGAAACGUUCGUCUCUGCAAUCAGCCUCUAUAUCGUAUACACUACGAGUCUAAUUUCUCUGAGUGCAAGAGCAGGUUCUUAUUAACAAGGUUUACAUAAGCCGCUGAAAAAGAAAGAGCUUCUCAAAUAAAAAGGUUGUUAAUAAAAUGUUAACGAUUUGAGAUUAA